CACAACUAUAAAGUGGACAUUGCAAAAAUCGGACAUGUUCUUUGCACUGCCGAACGCGUACGUUUUCUACUGCCAUCACGCUGUCGGCGGAGUUGUUUUUCAGCACAUUCCUUUCCUAGGAUUCCUCCAGUAGCUUGUGGUAGCGGAUCAGCAAGGAUAUAAGUGUGCUUGGCUUCUCGUUAUAUUGCCAGAAUCGCGGGGAGAGGGCAAAGUGCGCAAUUUCACACCUUCACACCUUAAGAAGCGCGGCGCCGUUUUUUCGCCAAUUACAUUGAGUAUGCGAAUUUAGUACCGUUGCAUAGAGGCAGAUAUGGUUGUGCCAUCAUAGUCCGUUUGCCUUUUUUACGAACUAUACGUGUGGCCACUUCCUUUUUUCUUCAUUUUGACUGGCGUUUCCUCGGUUUGCGCUGUACACAGCAUCCGCCGCUAUCUGCCCACUUACCUUGGCGCAUCAGUGCGGAUCACAGAGUACAGGAAACGAUUGAUUGAACAUAGACGAUUAUCUACCCGUUUGGCGACUGUUCAACUUUCGAACACAGGCCGUCACCUUUUGCACCCCUUGCAGACACCGCGUCAUGUCCCGGGCGACGCCGAGCAUUUUGGCUGCUUUGCAUUCGACAGUACCUUGCAAAAGGCCCCUGAUGAUGUUGGAUGAGCUUGGCCUAGAAGAUCGGAAAGGAUAUGAGGAACCGACCGCUAAACGAGUCCGAUCGGAGGAUAAAGCACCCGUAACGACUGUGACGAAGCGUGUGGAUGUUGAAACCUGUACCGACGCACCUGAAGGCAUCGAUGCCACAAGGACGCUUUCAACUGGUGAAACAAAAAAAACAUGUAUCAAAGUUGAAGAGGUUGGCCGGCUAGAUCCGGAAGCACAUCACUUUGAUUGCCAAAAAGGCGAGAUGUCCAUAGCCACCGUUGCUGCAGAUACCCAGCGUGAGGAUGUUUCUAAUGACGAUGGUGAACAGAGUGCCGAGAUAGUGAUAUCGGAGGUCACUCAUGGAAAAGCACAGAUUCUUCCGGAAGGCUUGGAUCCUGCAGAGUAUCAUGAUCCCACCGUUUCCCAAUCGCAGCCUCGGGAUCCUUCCAUCGCCGGACACGUUGCGUUUGCUGCAGCGAAUGAACUAUACCUGCCUCCCUUCUUGAGAAGCAUAUAUGGCGACGGCCCGUCUCUCCACCAACCCCCGCAAAAUCACAAUCCGCGUCCGUCACCGCAGAACUCGAGACCUUUUGACGUUCAGUCCCUCACCACACCUGUUUGCCACAACACAUCACGACCAGGAAAGCUUCGGAAAGGAUCUCAAACAAGCGAGAGCUUGUGGUGGCAAAGAAAGCAGUUUGUCUGUGACUUCAAGACAACAAACGUGGAACUCUACAGGUGGCAUACAACGCAUCUAAAGGUUACAGAACAGAAGGUGAUGGCUGAAGCACGAGCAGCUGCGGCCUACGCUACAACCACAAAAAUAUGGAAGCCGAACACAACACAUCCCGCUACGUUUACAUGCAUCCAAGCUUCGUCAUCAACAGCAUCUCAAUCUACUCUGCCCACGUUGGCGCCCCGACCCACUGACUCUCCCUGCAGACCACAAUUCUUCCCGGACCCGGAAACGGACGUGGAACUCGGACUCCUACGCGAUGCCGUAUCAGGACGACUUGUUAUGACGUGCCCCGCCGCCUUUGCAGUAAAGGGACGAUUAGAACGGCACAAAAACGGUAAAAAUCCGGCACAGUGGACGGGUGGCGCAAGAGAGAGCGAUUACGUCUUUACAGCUGCAACUGGCAAUCCGAUUGGAAGGCUAGGAGAGGAGAACGCCUGGGAAGAAGACGGUCCCGUGGCGGUCAGCGUGAAAGGAAAGGGUAAAGGGAGGGGGAGGGCCAAAGCCAGGAAACCAUUUUCCUUCGAGCGGAUGAUGUAUGUCUGCUCAUGGCCAGUGUGUGGACGGGAAUUCACUAAGCGAGGGGAAUUGCAAGAGCAUGUUGUCAAUAUCCAUCAGAUACCUGUUCCAACGGCAGUGGAGAAGCAACCGUGGAUUUUCAGCCCAAAAUUUUCGAUGGUCCCUCUUCAAAACGGAGACUCUUUGAAUUGGAUUUCAAGCGCGGCAGUCGCAGCAAGCACCCGAAGCGUAUCAGAGAUUCUGGAAUGGUUUCGGAAAGGGGUGUGGAAUGUUAUGGCGUGGAAAUUGGGCAAAAUGAUUGAGUUGAGCGGACUUCGGGCUGGAGCGCAAGACAAUCCAGUCAACUUGACCACGGGAAUGGAAGAUGGGCCUAUUGCAACUGGUUAUGUGCGAACCGUGGAUAUGGAUUGCCGAUUGAACGAGUUUGUGCGUGAGCUUGAUAUGCAGCUUGUAGAGGGUGAAAUGAUUUGCUGGGUUGCGGGGAGCAAUCUGCAAGUUGACUCAAUCAUCAGGUCGGAAAUGUCCACCGUCAGUCCUAACCGAAAGUUGCGGGACCAUGCGCGUGCAUUGGCAGCAGGUACGCGACCGACUCCGGUCGUCACAGCAUUUGAAAUAGAUCCAACGCAAAUACCCUUUCCAACGGUUGCUGAACUGUUAAAGGAGUUUGGACAGAUAUUGGUCGCCAGUUUGGUUGAAUAUGGCCUUUUGCAAACCAUUGACCAAGGCUCUAGGCCAAGCUCGCUGGCAGUCGAUAUGGAUCGGUUUCAGGCUGUGGUCGAGCAAUGGAGUGCUGAGCAAUUGGUUCGAAAGGCUGUCAAGUUUGUGCUGGAAGCGCAAGAAACGGAGGCUAGGCGAUUAGGGUUGGCGACGGUGGGAAGCAUACCUAUUGAUAAGGCUAGUGUUGGAGGGGAAAGUAGGAGUACCCCCAAGCGGACGGUACAUCGAUCAACGCCCGCGCCCAAGUCAAGGGGCAAGACUAGCGUCGACAUGCAAAGUCAUUGCCGAUCUACGUCAGCAAUCAAACCCAGAGACAAGGCUAGCGUCGACCUGCAAAGCCCUCAUGGAUCUACGCCUGCAAUCAAGUCAAAGGACAAGUCUACAGUGGAUAUGCAAGGCCCUCCAAGUCGCAUUUUGAGUCCUGCCGAGACCAACACAGCGGCUGUCGAGGCAAACACGCCAAAGGGUCGGUCACGGCGAAACGCUGACGAUCAGCUCUCUGGAAAAGAGAACCGACUAAUGGCUCAGAGGGCAACGCCUCCGAAAGUGAAGCCGCGACGACCCAGAGCUACAGCCGAGACAGUGACCAGAGUGAUAGCUGCAGCCGCAAGAGAACGAGAAAAAGCCGCUUUGGCUGCAGCUGCGGCCAUGACAGCCACCGACGCCCUCCCAUCAAAACCGGCAUCGCCUGUCCAGCAUGACGAACUUCAAUCGUCUGAUCUCUGCCCAUACAGCGAGGCCGCGACGCCUUGUACAGAAUCGCUGCUUUCAAGUUCAUCCGCCUUCCAGUACUCCCCAGAACUCUUUCUCCAUUUCACAACGGAUGUAACGCACCUCCACCCACCGACGGCUAUACAAUAUGAUCCUGAUGACGGCCUACCCGCUAAUGCCCUGCCUCCCACUCCGGGUACCACCCCUUCAGUUGGCCGCACGCACACUCCUUCAGUAAAGGAAUUUAAUACACCUAUUGAGUUCAAGGGUACGAUAGCACUGCGAACACCUGGUACAACACCGGUUGCCGGACGAGGACGAAAGUGCGAGGACGCACAAAAGGAUGGGAUGUUCACUUGGAAGUGGAAGUAGCUGUGGUAAAGUAGUCAUCCAACCUAGUAACCUACGUUUACAAAUGGUAGCUACGUCCAAGUGUCAGUAUCAAUUAUGCCCCUCCUUCCUUUUUGUCUUUUUUGGAUAGAUUUGGUGAUAGAGAACAUGUAAUGGGAUCGUAGAUAUGAUUAAUUGCUCUGGAUGGGCUGGAGAAAAGCUCCAAUGAAGACUGAGAGUAAUGCAGCCAAUCAAACUCUUAUUUACGAAAAG